GGCGGCGGCGGCGGCGGCGCGGGGGUUGAGCCGUGGUAGUGCGGACGCGCUCGUGCUCGGGAACUAUCGGAUUAAACUUGAAUCGAGUGAAAUUACACAAAGGAGCGCCGCUGAAGAGGCGGCCCGGGGACCCGGAGACCCUGAAACUCGCCAGAGCCCCGUUCGCCCCUGGCCAACUCCGCGCCCGUGGAUUAGCCCCCUGGCCGCGGCCGCCGAGCCAACUCCGGAGCCCGCUCUGCGUUUUGUUUUCCCCUCGGCACAGGGCAGCGGAGGAGCCCUACCGACCGACCCGGACCUAUAUCCAGACUUUGCCUGACACUGCAGGGUCCGAGAGAAUUAAAGAAAUACGGAAUGACACGAAGAAGAUUAGUUAAGGAUUAUAGGCUUUGAGGACAAACACCUCAGUGAGGUGGGAGCACAGACACGCUCCUGAGCUGUAGUUUGGAGGAGCCGCGUGUUGGGAGACGAUGGCGGAUCCAGGAAUGAUGAGUCUCUUUGGCGAGGACGGGAAUAUUUUCAGCGAAGGCCUCGAGGGCCUCGGAGAGUGUGGUUACCCUGAAAACCCAGUGAACCCCAUGGGUCAGCAGAUGCCGAUAGACCAAGGCUUUGCCUCCCUGCAGCCCUCCCUGCACCACCCCCCCGCGAAUCAGAAUCAGACCAAGCUGACCCACUUCGAUCACUAUAAUCAGUACGAACAGCAAAAGAUGCAUCUGCUGGAUCAGCCAAACCGAAUGAUGAGCGGCGCCCCUGGGAACGGGCUCGCGUCCCCUCACUCGCAGUACCACGCCCCUCCCGUCCCUCAGGUCCCCCACGGCGCCAGCGGUGGCGGUCAGAUGGGAGUCUACCCCGGCAUGCAGAACGAAAGGCACGGGCCGCCGUUCGUGGACAGCGGCUCCCUGUGGGGCCCCCGGGCCGUUCAGGUGCCGGACCAGGCGCGGGCCCCCUACCAGCAGCAGCCCCAGCCGCAGCAGCCCCAGCCCGCUCCGUCGGGGCCGCCCACGCAGGGCCACCCUCAGCACAUGCAGCAGAUGGGCAGCUACAUGGCACGCGGGGACUUCUCCCUGCAGCAGCACGGCCAGCCGCAGCAGAGGAUGAGCCAGUUCUCCCAGGGCCAGGAGGGCCUCAGUCAGGGAAGUCCUUUCAUCGCCACCUCAGGACCCGGCCACUUGGCCCACGUGCCCCAGCAGAGCCCCAGCGUGGCACCUUCCUUGCGUCAUUCGGUGCAGCAGUUCCACCACCACCCCCCUACUGCUCUCCAUGGAGAAUCCGUUGCCCACAGCCCCAGGUUCUCCCCUAAUCCUCCUCAACAAGGGGCUGGGAGGCCGCAGACCCUGAACUUCAGUUCUCGGAGCCAGACCGUCCCCUCACCUACUAUAAACAACUCAGGGCAGUAUUCUCGAUAUCCUUACAGUAACCUAAAUCAGGGAUUAGUUAACAAUACAGGGAUGAAUCAGAAUUUAGGCCUUACAAAUAAUACUCCAAUGAAUCAGUCCGUACCAAGAUACCCCAAUGCUGUAGGAUUCCCAUCGAACAGUGGGCAAGGACUAAUGCACCAGCAGCCCAUCCACCCCAGCGGCUCACUUAACCAAAUGAACACACAAACUAUGCAUCCUUCACAGCCUCAGGGAACUUACGCCUCUCCACCUCCCAUGUCACCCAUGAAAGCAAUGAGCAAUCCGGCAGGCACACCGCCUCCGCAAGUCAGGCCCGGAAGCGCUGGGAUACCAAUGGACGUUGGCAGUUAUCCAAAUAUGCCCCACCCUCAGCCAUCUCACCAGCCCCCCGGUGCCAUGGGAAUCGGACAGAGGAAUAUGGGCCCCAGAAACAUGCAGCAGUCUCGUCCGUUUAUGGGCAUGUCCUCAGCACCGAGGGAGCUGGCCGGGCACAUGAGACCAAACGGCUGUCCCGGCGUUGGCCUUGCAGAUCCCCAAGCGAUCCAGGAGCGACUGCUACCUGGCCAGCAGCACCCCGGUCAGCAGCCGUCUUUCCAGCAGUUGCCAACCUGCCCUCCGAUGCAGCCCCACCCGGGCCUGCACCACCAGUCUUCACCCCCACACCCGCACCACCAGCCUUGGGCACAGCUCCACCCGUCACCCCAGAGCACCCCGCAGAAAGUGCCUGUGCCUCAGCAUUCUCCGCCGGAGCCCUUUCUAGAGAAACCAGUGCCGGAUAUGACUCAGGUUAGUGGACCGAACGCUCAGCUAGUGAAGAGUGAUGAUUGCCUGCCAUCAGUGGAACAGCAACCGCAGCAGAAGAAGAAGAAAAAGAAAAACAACCACAUUGUCGCCGAGGAUCCCAGUAAAAGUUUUGGUAAAGAUGACUUCCCUGGUGGGGUUGAUAACCAAGAACUAAAUAGGAACUCACUAGAUGGGUCCCAAGAAGAGAAGAAGAAAAAGAAAAGGCCGAAGGUAAAAAAAGAUCCGAAGGAACCGAAAGAACCCAAGGAGAAAAAAGAGCCCAAGGAACCCAAGACCCCGAAAGCCCCUAAGAUUCCCAAAGAGCCAAAGGAAAAGAAAGCAAAAACUGCCACGCCAAAACCCAAAUCCAGCAAAAAGUCAAGUAAUAAGAAACCUGAUUCAGAAGCAAGUGCUUUGAAGAAAAAGGUCAACAAGGGAAAAACAGAAGGUUCUGAAAAUUCAGACUUAGACAAAACGCCCCCAGCAUCUCCUCCUCCUGAAGAAGAUGAGGACCCAGGUGUUCAGAAGCGACGUUCCAGCAGGCAGGUGAAGCGGAAGCGAUACACGGAAGACUUGGAGUUCAAGAUUUCCGACGAGGAAGCAGAUGAUGCAGAUGCUGCUGGGAGAGACUCCCCCUCCAACACCUCGCAGUCAGAGCAGCAGGAAUCUGUUGAUGCAGAAGGUCCAGUGGUAGAAAAAAUCAUGAGCAGUCGUUCAAUAAAAAAACAGAAGGACUCUGGAGAGGAGAUAGAAGUUGAGGAAUUCUACGUGAAAUACAAAAACUUCUCUUAUCUUCAUUGUCAAUGGGCAUCUGUAGAAGAUCUGGAGAAAGAUAAGAGAAUUCAGCAAAAGAUCAAACGAUUUAAGGCAAAGCAGGGCCAGAACAAAUUCCUUUCAGAGAUUGAAGAUGAGCUUUUUAAUCCAGAUUAUGUGGAGGUUGACCGGAUAAUGGACUUUGCACGAAGCACAGAUGAACGGGGAGAGCCUGUGACUCACUACCUGGUGAAGUGGUGUUCCCUGCCUUACGAAGACAGCACGUGGGAACUAAGGCAGGACAUAGAUCAAGCAAAGAUCGAAGAGUUUGAGAAACUAAUGUCCAGGGAGCCAGAAACAGAGCGUGUGGAGCGACCUCCUGCUGAUGACUGGAAGAAAUCGGAGAGUUCCAGGGAGUACAAAAACAAUAACAAACUCAGGGAAUACCAGUUGGAGGGAGUAAACUGGCUACUUUUCAAUUGGUACAACAUGCGAAACUGCAUUUUAGCAGAUGAAAUGGGUUUGGGAAAAACUAUCCAGUCCAUUACAUUUCUCUAUGAGAUAUAUUUGAAAGGAAUCCAUGGCCCUUUUUUAGUAAUUGCCCCAUUGUCCACAAUCCCCAACUGGGAAAGGGAAUUCCGUACCUGGACAGAGUUGAACGUGGUUGUGUAUCAUGGGAGUCAAGCUAGUCGUCGGACCAUUCAGUUGUAUGAAAUGUACUUCAAAGAUCCCCAGGGUCGAGUGAUAAAGGGGUCCUAUAAGUUUCAUGCCAUCAUCACUACAUUUGAGAUGAUUUUGACGGAUUGUCCUGAGCUGCGGAAUAUUCCAUGGCGCUGCGUCGUCAUUGAUGAAGCCCACAGGCUGAAGAAUAGGAACUGCAAGCUUCUGGAGGGGCUCAAGAUGAUGGACUUGGAGCACAAAGUGCUGCUGACGGGGACCCCCCUACAGAACACGGUGGAGGAACUCUUCAGCCUGCUUCAUUUCUUGGAACCGAGUCGCUUCCCUUCAGAAACCACCUUCAUGCAAGAAUUUGGCGAUCUGAAAACAGAAGAACAGGUGCAAAAACUCCAGGCUAUUCUAAAGCCAAUGAUGUUGAGACGUCUCAAGGAGGAUGUAGAAAAGAACUUGGCCCCCAAAGAAGAAACCAUUAUUGAAGUUGAGCUCACGAACAUUCAGAAGAAAUAUUACCGAGCCAUCCUCGAGAAGAAUUUCACAUUUCUCUCCAAAGGUGGUGGUCAAGCUAACGUACCUAACCUUUUAAACACUAUGAUGGAGCUACGGAAGUGCUGCAAUCACCCAUACCUUAUUAACGGUGCUGAAGAGAAAAUUUUGGAAGAGUUUAAAGAAACACACAAUGCAGACUCUCCAGAUUUUCAGCUCCAGGCGAUGAUCCAGGCUGCUGGCAAGCUAGUGCUGAUUGACAAACUACUGCCAAAACUGAAGGCUGGUGGCCACAGGGUGCUUAUCUUUUCCCAGAUGGUGCGCUGCUUGGACAUACUGGAAGACUACCUCAUUCAAAGACGGUACCCAUACGAGAGGAUCGAUGGCAGAGUGAGAGGCAACCUCCGCCAGGCAGCUAUCGACAGAUUCUCCAAACCCGAUUCUGAUAGGUUUGUUUUCCUCCUGUGUACACGGGCAGGAGGCUUAGGCAUUAAUCUUACUGCUGCUGAUACCUGCAUCAUCUUCGAUUCCGACUGGAAUCCCCAAAAUGAUCUCCAGGCUCAGGCUAGAUGUCAUAGAAUAGGACAGAGCAAAUCUGUGAAAAUCUACAGGCUGAUCACAAGAAACUCUUACGAAAGGGAAAUGUUUGACAAGGCUAGUCUGAAGCUCGGCCUGGACAAAGCUGUGCUGCAGUCCAUGAGUGGGAGAGAAAACGCUACCAACGGGGUCCAACAACUUUCCAAGAAAGAAAUAGAGGAUCUUCUGCGAAAGGGGGCCUACGGUGCACUCAUGGAUGAGGAGGAUGAAGGGUCUAAGUUCUGCGAAGAAGAUAUUGACCAGAUUCUCCUGCGGCGAACCCACACUAUCACCAUUGAGUCUGAAGGCAAAGGUUCCACGUUUGCUAAGGCCAGUUUUGUUGCAUCUGGAAACAGGACAGACAUUUCCUUGGAUGAUCCAAAUUUCUGGCAAAAGUGGGCUAAGAAGGCUGAAUUGGAUAUUGAUGCCUUAAACGGGAGGAACAACCUGGUUAUUGACACUCCAAGAGUGAGGAAGCAAACCAGGCUGUACAGUGCAGUGAAAGAAGACGAGCUGAUGGAGUUUUCAGACUUGGAAAGUGAUUCCGAAGAGAAGCCUUGCACGAAGCCGCGGCGGCCCCAGGACAGGUCCCAGGGCUACGCGAGGAGUGAGUGCUUUAGAGUUGAGAAGAAUCUGCUCGUCUAUGGCUGGGGACGGUGGACAGAUAUCCUUUCGCACGGGCGCUACAAGCGUCAGCUCACUGAGCAAGACGUGGAAACCAUCUGCAGGGCCAUCCUCGUGUACUGCCUCAAUCAUUACAAGGGGGAUGAGAAUAUCAAAAGCUUCAUCUGGGAUUUGAUCACGCCCACGGCGGACGGCCAGACGCGAGCCUUGGUCAACCAUUCUGGUUUAUCGGCCCCGGUGCCCAGGGGAAGGAAAGGAAAGAAGGUGAAAGCCCAGAGCACCCAUCCGGUGGUGCAGGAUGCCGACUGGCUGGCGGGUUGCAACCCGGAUGCCUUGUUCCAGGAGGACAGCUACAAGAAACACCUGAAGCACCACUGCAAUAAGUACGUUGCCAAAGGGUGUGUGACAUUGACUGCUGAGCUGUAAUACUGUGUGGCUACAACUUUAGUACGUGUCCUUGUUUCUAACGUAUGUUUUUGAGAGAGAGAAAGAGAGCGCAUGCGAGCGACGGAGGGGCCGAGAGAGUCCCAACUGGGCCCCACCCCGUCAGCGCAGAGCUCGACGUGGGGCUCGAACCCGGGAACCGUGAGAUAUGACCUGAGCCGAAGUUGGAUGCCUGACCGACCGAGCCACACCCCGGCGCCCCUUUACUGUUUUCCUUGAAACAUGGUGCCAAGUCACACGCCAAUCAUAUCAUAGCUUCGGAUGCCUGAUUUGGUUUUUGUCUUGUCGUCGGUGCACAACACAAUCUUCCCGUUUAGCCGUUUGUGAGCACAACUCAGUGGCAUUAAUUACUUUCAGAAUGCCACGUACCCAUCGGCACUGUCUAUACCGCAGAGCUUGUUGUUGAUGCCAGUGUGAACUCUGCACCUGCUAAACGGUAGCUUGCUCUCUUCCCUCCCUGCCCCAAGCCCCUGGCAAAUACCGUUCUCCUUUCUGUCUCCGUGAAUUUGCCCAUUCUAGGUACCUCAUAAGUGGAAUCAGACGGUAUUUGUCUGUCAGUGUCUGGCCUUUUUUCACCUAGCAUAACAUUUUCAGGGUUCAU